AUGUUAUGCAUAGACAAGAAGUCAAAAGAUACUGAAAAAGCACGACUUGACUUACAAAGGAUGAACAUACGCAAAGAAUUGCACUUAAAGAAACAAGGAGAUAAAUGGUUAAAACCACAAGCAUGUUACACGUUACCAUUAGUUGAGCGAAGAAACUUCUGCAAAUGGUUAGCAUCAGUCAAAUUUCCAGAUGGGUAUGCUGCAAAUAUUUCAAGGAAUGUCAACAUAAGUGAAGGCAAGAUUACUGGCUUAAAAAGUCAUGAUUGCCAUGUUUUGUUGCAAAGACUAUUGCCAGUUGGGUUGCGACCAUAUGUGAAAAAAGAUGUGCUACUUGCCAUUUCUGAGCUCUCAUUAUUUUUUCGAAAGUUGUGUGCAAAAACAUUACAUGUUGAAGACUUGGAUUCACUAGAACAAGGAAUCGUAAAAUGCGUAUGUAAGCUUGAAUCCAUUUUUCCCCCAGCAUUUUUUGAUGUCAUGAUCCACUUAGCAGUUCACUUACCUUCCGAGGCAAAGUUGGGUGGUCCUGUACAUACACGUUGGAUGUAUCCAGUUGAAAGGUUCUUAGGUUUUUUGAAAAAAUUAGCCAAGAAUAAUGCACGACCAGAAGGUUCAAUUGCUGAAGGAUAUGUUGCUAAUGAGGCUUUAACAUUUUGUUCAAUGUAUCUUCAUGGGAUUGAAACACGAUUUAAUCGUCCAGAACGUAAUUGGGAUCUCAAUGAAGUACGAAAUACAUCAACAUUAUCGGUUUUUUAUCAACCUACGAGACUAUUUGGUAGAAAAGAAUUACUCGAGUUACAACCUAUGGAGUAUAACAAGGCGCAUUGUGAGCACAGGCAAUUAUUACAAUCUAAAGGCAUAGUAGACAUCAUUCAAGCUCAAGAAUUAGAGUUUCCAUCUUGGUUCAAAGAAAAAAUAGUUGCAAAAUAUAAAUCAUCUCCUCGUGAAAUUAGUGAUUCAAUGUUUGCUCUUGCAAAUAUGCCAGAUCGAAGAAUCUUCUCAUAUAAUGGAUGUAUAGUUAAUGGUGUGCGGUAUCACACAGAAAUUUGGGACAUUGGACGAAUCACUCAAAAUUAUGGUGUUUGGGUUGAGGGUGAACAUGGUGGCAAUACAUGUGAUUUUUAUGGUGUCAUAACACAAAUUUUAGAAGUAUUGUACAUAUUAGACCACAAAGUGAAAAUGGAGGGUGGUGAUAAGGUAAAUCAUCGCCACUUAUGGGAUAUUCCAGAAAUAAUACUUGAAAGUGUAGGUGCACAAGACGAGAAUUCUAAUACUUGUACUGAAGCUUACCAAGAAGAGAGAUCAAAUGAUAUUGAAAUAACAUUUGAUGAUACAAAUGUUGAAAUUCCUCUUCACCAUGAAAACGCGGAGAUGAUAGAGAUUAACUCAUCACAUAUUAAUCUCGAAAUAAAUAAUAGUGAUCAAAUUUUGAAUGAAGCUAAUGUCAUGGAAAGUGACGACGAUGAUGUAGGGGAUUAUGAGACUGAUGUAGAGGAUAUCGAUGAGGAAUUACAACAUGGCGAAUGUUCAAAUACAGAUGAAACUGAUGAAAGCUCAUAA